GUGCUCGUUCGACCGUCAACCCCCCGAUGGAGGUUAGGAACGCCGACGUUCGUUCGCGCCUGGUGAACACUCCCCGGUGAACGAUCCCAAAAGUGGGCGCGCGCGCAUCCGUUCGCGAGAGAAGGAACAAACGCCGACUUCACGCUGUCUGUCCUGUGAAACGGUACUCGUGCGGCACGCGUGUCUACCCGCGUACUCCAAAACGGAUAAAUAAUGUCGAGCAGUGUGUGUCACCCGGCCCUGCCAGCACGAAUGGAAGCGUUCACCACGAGGCUCUGCCUGCGUGCCGUUGAUCAGUAUGAGCGGCUUCUGCAAACCCACUUCAACAAGCCCUCGAGCAAGGAGCAAACACGAUUGAGCAGUCAUGAUUCGAUGGGCAACAAGGAUCACCGUCGACAGAAGGAUGGGUCCAAUAGCGGCGGAAGCAGCAGCAGCAGUAGCAGCAGCAGCACCUACAGUGCCUUCCGUCAAUGGCGACGGAGCACCUCGUUGGGUUCUCAUAGCAGUCGGUCCAGCAGUGCUGGUUCCAGAUCAUCUAGCUCGCUCACCAAAUUACCAAACGAUCCGGCCACCAUGCGAAAGUUGGAACAGUUCCCCAUGGUUCUGUCCGACACGACGAUGCCGGACGAGGAUCUCUCUUUGAAAUUCCUCGCCCUGAAUGCUCUAGAUCUGACGGCGCCAGCCAGCGACGUGCUAUUGAAGAACCGACUCAAGUCCUGGUUUCAAUUAUCGGGCCACCCGGACGGCUUUGCACCUGCCGGACCUGGCACUGUUUGGAAAAGACGGACGGGCGGCGUUGAAAACACGGAACGCAUCGUUUACGAGACCUUGAGCAAGGAGGAAGCGUUGCGGGAUUGCAUUCCAAGAUAUUAUCGGGAAGUUGAAUACAAGGGCGACACGUUUAUCGAGCUGCAGGAUCUACUCUUCGGAUUUAACGAUCCGCAUGUAAUGGACAUUAAAAUGGGCACGCGGACCUUCCUCGAAUCCGAGGUGUCCAAGACGACUGCUAGACCGGACCUCUAUCAGAAGAUGAUUUCUGUCGAUCCGAACGCGCCGACUCAGCUAGAGCACGAGCAACAUGCCGUGACCAAAUUACGGUACAUGCAGUUCCGCGAGGAACAGAGCUCAACCUGCAGCCACGGUUUUCGUAUCGAAGCGAUGAAACUACCGGGUGCGCCACCGAUCACCGAUCUCAAGAAGAUCAAGUCACAUUCGGAUGUGCUCGACAUCAUUAAACAAUUCCUCGGCAAACACGAGGACACUCGUCAAAAGCUUCUGACGCGUCUCAGGAACCUGCGAACCAAAAUUGAGCAGUCAGAGUAUUUUGAAACUCACGAGGUAAUCGGCAGCAGUAUUUUCAUGAUCCACGACAGCGAAAAGGUGGGUGUUUGGAUGAUAGAUUUCGCGAAGACACGGGAGGUACCAGACGGACGAAAACUCACGCAUAGACGUCCUUGGGAAGAAGGCAAUCACGAAGAGGGUUUUUUGUAUGGAUUGGACAACUUAAUUUUUGCCAUGGAAGAAGUCCGCCUAUCUCCAUGAAUAUUUUCGAUGUUUGUGUGACAGAAUUAAAAAAACUCUUCUACGUUACAAAAUAUCGUUUACUCAUAUACAUACAACGAGUGAAAAAAGUAUUUGUAUUCCAUCGUGUUUAUAAGUGAUUUUUAAUUAAAUAUAAGUGCGCCAGUAUCAUCAAAGCAUCAAAAAGUGUGGAGUAUAUUAUAUAAGUGAGUAUACAUAUACGCACACAAAUAUUGUAUGUAUAUAUAUAUAUAUACC